AUGGAUAGUGAAUGUCUGAAUGAAAGAGCCUCAGACCUCCUUCACCUACAACAAAAUGACAGAGCCAUGGUCAGACAGAUUUGCAGGGUAAAGCCAGAAGACAUGGCUAGUGUCAGAUCAAGCGAGCUACUGGCACGACUUGGGAUCGAUGACUUCGACACUAUCCUGUGGGAGAAGAGGCUACGCUGGUUUGGGCACGUUGCUAGAUCCGGUGGGGCAAUCAAUAAUGUCUUUAAUAUGAAAAAAGAGGGAGGACGACAACCAGGGAGACCAAAGAUGACCUGGAAAGCACAGCUAGAAAAAGACCAGCGUGAGUGGGGACUUCGUGAUGUCAACCCAUUGGACUGA